AUGGGAACAAAUGCGUUUCCCGGUUUCCUUCCUGCCUUGUAUUCUAAUGCACAGUUCGUUACUUCCUGUGAGCGGGACUGCGGCCAGAGGUUAAAUGGAGUUGGAAUUAUUAAAAGUCAAGAAGGAAGAACUGGAAUGUGAAGAUCUAAACCCAUUAGAAAGCUCAGCAUUUAAUUAUGGGGAAACCUGCCACAGGGACACUGACAUCUCGAGACUUUGGUUACAACACAAAAGUCCAACAGGCCCAGAAGCCAAAACGUCUCUAUACAGAGCCAAUGAGCCCUUAGAGGCGGCUGGAGGAGCGUUGCCGGGGCAGCACAAAGCUCCGACUGACUCCGGCACUAAACAUGGCGACUCGAGCAGCCUGAAGGUGUUGAGUUUUAUCUGUAAUAAAUGCGGAGUGAGCUUUUCGGCGAGUGGCGACCUCCUGUCUCACCAGUGUAACCACUCGCUUAUCAACCGACACAGCUGGAAGCAGCACCAGCUCAGAGCCCCCGUUUGUACUGAAACUGGGAAGCGCAACAGCGGCGCCAAUAGUUCCCAUCAGCUGCUCCGCACUGUAGAGAAAUGGUUUCCAUGCCCUGAAUGUGGGAAAACCUUCAAUGGGAGGGGCGGCCUUAACAAGCACCUCAUCAUUCACAGCGAGGAGAAACCGUUCCAGUGCCGGGAGUGCGGCAAACCCUUCCUGCGCAAACAUUCCCUAGUGGAACAUGAGCGAAUUCACACAGGGGAGAAACCAUUUAGCUGCUCUCAGUGCGGGAGAUGCUUCUCUCGAAGGGGCGGCCUCUACAAACACCAGGUCAUCUGCAACGAGGAGAAGCCAUUCGCCUGUACGGAAUGUGGCAAACGAUUCUCCCAAAAGACUCUGUAUCUUAUUCACCAGAACAGCCACCCCCCCCCGUGCCCCGAUUGUGGCAGAACCUUUGACAAAAAGGCCAAUUUUCUAAAACAUAUCAAAACUCAUAAAAAGUGGGUAAAACAGUAAAUAGAGUUCCCAAAGGGAUUCUCCUAAGGGGGCCCAGCCUGAAGGCCAGUUAGGGGGGGAUUUGGGGUGAGUGCUUAUUUGUGCCCUGGGUACCCCUGGAACUAUAGCGGGGUGACUGUUACCCCAAUGUUUCUAUAUA